UGGUUGAAAACAAUAAAAAAAUCGAAAAAAGGCAAAAUAGGACAGUGGAAGAUCAUGAGGCGUCGUUUUCAUACUUCUGGAAAGCAGAACUCCUCUUCUUCUUUUGGCUAACAAAUUUGAAACCAUUUUCACAAACAAAAAAUUUCAAUUACUUAUGGAUGCAACAAAGACAUUCAUUGAGCGUCCCUUUCAUGUAGAGCAGAUUUGCAGGCUAGAAUCCAAAAACCUCAGUCUGCAUACAUGUGGUUGGAAUCAAUUUCAAAAUUCAAAUUCUUCCUCUCUUCUCUUCAAUAUCAUAACUCACUUUCUUUAUCAUGGGUUUCAAAUCUUCUCUCAUCAGAUCUCUCAUCCUUCACCACCUUCCCUGCCGUCACUUUCUUUUUUCAUUAUCGAAGAACAUCAAAAGGCAUCCUCCGGUGGCUUCUUCAGCGUCUUCAAAUGGAAAGAGAUUUUUGUUGAUUUCGAAAGUUGGAUGCUUUACUGCUCUAAAAAGUCAGACAGGGGAGGAUAUAGCUUUUAACUAGACUACAUGUGUUGACUGAAAGGCAUGGACUGAAACCAAAAGGUAUGGAUAAUAGGGCUCAAGCCAUUUAGGAAUUUCAGUGAUUUAUGCCCAUUGUUUUGACCAAGGAGUUGAGGGCUCAAGCCAUUCAGGUUAGUCUAUGUUACUUGAUGAUAAAACUUUAAAAAAAGGAUUGAACCAUUACUUGAUUACUCAACCUGAAAUGAAUUUUCUUCACUAUUUCAUGAGUAUGUGAUAGUUGCAUUUGGUAAACACAUGGCUACAUUUACUAAACCUGAAAUUGCACCGAUAUGUGAACUUGAUAUCUAUUAAUUCUAUUAGCAUUUUUGGAUACUUGACUUUUUUAAAUUGUGAUUGCAUUUGGACUGAAAUUGAUUUAAAACUGCAUAGUUCUUUCAAAUUGCAUAAUUCUGUUCAUGUUAUUUUUGUUCAAGUAAAAAAUGACUAUUAUCCUAUUUGACUAUUUAAUUAUCUUUCCUUAUAUGUUCAUUUCUUAUAACAUGAAUUUUUAUGUUCUUUGAUUUGACUAUCUAAUUAUCGGUUCAAAUUAGUCAUUAGAUGUGUUUGAGUUGGCCUUGCAUUGAUAAUUUUUAAUGUUUAAUUUUAGCUGAUUUUACUCUCAACACUUUGAAAAUCCUAUUAACAGUGUUGUUUGAAAAACCUUUGCAUAAUUUAGAUGCUUAUAGUAGUUUGAUCCCUAAACUUACUACCUCACAACACAGUACAAUAGCAAGUAACAGGGGAUUAUUGAUCUUUAUAUCAAUUUAAUGUCAGGAAGUACCUUAACCAUUCAAUCGAACUAUUGUGCAUUCUUCUCCAUAUGCAUUCACUUUGAGGUUAAUCUAAUUGGCUUAAAUAAAUUUGAGAGUCCCAAAUCAGUUCAUAUGGACUACUUUUACUCAAUGGUUUUGAGAUUAUGAUUUUUUUUUUUUACUAUUUUGUUACACUCCUAAAAGAGGCUAAACUAUUGAAGAUUGUUUUUAUUUUCUAUAUGAAUUCAUGUUUGUUAAAUUUCAUGGAUCUAGGUUAUCCAUGAUUAUUAUGAUGUGUGGUAAGUGUCUGAUAUGGUUGAGUUUCAAAAUAAAUAUCCUUUAAAUCUUUAUGUUCUUAUUCAUACAUGACAUAUUUUUAUUGCAUUUUUUGUAUGAUAAACAUCAAAGCAUUUGGAACUAUUCAAAGGAAAUGCUUAUUAUUAAAUAAAUCUCAAUAAUUGAUGUAUAUAAGUAGAUGGAUUGUUUUAUUUAUCUUCUUAUUAAUUUGCAGAUUUUGAUAACAUGAAUUAUGAGAUGAUAUUUGGGCAGGAUCCCAGCAUCAACAAAUAUUUGGUCUGAUAUGAACUUCACAUCUAUGUAUAUCUAUUUGGUUUUGAAAAUUUCAGAAAUUGUCUUUUAUAGUUGUUUAUCUCUUUUCUUUCUCUACAAACUUCUCAUUUGAUUGUUUUGGAUCACCAAUGAUAUAAAAAAAAUGCAAUUGUUUGGAUUUAUUGGAGUGUUUGUUAUCAUCAUGGAGGGUUAGAGAAGGUCGACGAUGAGUGACAGAGGUUGCAGGAUGGAGGUCGCAUCGACUGCACACAAUUGGUUUCAAGAGAAUUUCACCAUUUUCUUUCUUCUUUUUCUUGCUGUUUUUUUCUCCUAAUUUUGUGUGUAUCAUUAUUUCUGAUUUGAUCUUCUUUUUUUUUUAUAGGGGGGUACGUUUCUUGCAAGACAACAAUUGGGGAAGAGAGUAACAAUCAUGAACUCUUGAAUGUUUUAGGCUUUGGACAAUUGCUGAAUAUAGUUUUAAUGUUGAAGAAUAGAUGCAGUUACAAUCACUGUUUUUUGUUUUUGUAAUAUUUUUUAUACUGUUAAGAGGUAGAGCAAAAAUUGAUCCACCAGGCUGUCUGUCCUAGGUAGCAUGUGAGAGCUGCUCCUUCUUUCGGCGUGUUAGUUAAGAUAACAUUGAAGCCGAACCUAACGUGGCUGAUGCAGCUGUAGUUUUCCUUAGAUUAAAAGCUGCAUUACAAUGUUGCCACUGCCAUUUAUCCUAUCAUUUUAGAUUGAAUUUUGAAGUUCAUAAUUUAGUAGGUGUAUGUGGGAGUAUUGGCUCCAAAAUUUGGAUGGGAUCUAUCCCCACAUCAGCAGCUGUCAUGGUCUACUGUAGUAUUAAGGCCAUUGGAGAACAAGAUAUUUAUUGGUGAAAAGCACUAAAGCAAUAGAAACGACCCCAUUGUCUACUAAUAUUACUGACGGCAAUGAAUGUUGUAUUUGUUGUUUCAAACUCAAAUUCAAAUUUAUUGUAAUUAUUUUUACCUUAAACGUGUUUA